UAUAAAACCCCAGGUCUGAGGCAGAGGUGCUGACACCCCCUGGACUCUGAAGAUGCUGCUCUUGCUUCUCUUCCCUGUGACCUUUCUCCUGCCUGCUGGCACUGGUGCUGGAAAAAUCAUUGGAGGACGGGAAGCCAGGCCCCAUUCCAGGCCCUACAUGGCUUUUCUGAAUGGACAACGUGGUGAGAAGAAGUAUAUGUGUGGUGGGUCCCUGGUGCAUGAACACUUUGUCUUGACAGCUGCUCAUUGCAGUGGAGACCAAAUCACGGUGCUGCUGGGAGCCCACAACAUCCAUAAGAAGGAAGAGAGUUGGCAAGAGAUCAAAGUGCAUCGCCAGAUCCCACAUCCCAGAUAUAAGAAAAAGACCAGGGAAAAGGACAUAAUGCUACUGCAGCUGGAACGCAAGGCCAACCUGAGUGAGCAGGUGGGGAUCAUCCGCCUGCCACAGCCUGGGGAAGCUGUGAAACCAGGAUCUGUAUGCGGCGUGGCAGGCUGGGGCCAGACCAAUGUGACUUUUGGGGAGUCCUCCAAUGUGCUGCUGGAAAUAGAUCUGGAGGUCCUAGGGGACACCAUCUGUGAAGACCACUACAACUGCUAUUAUGAUCCAAGGACCAUGCUCUGCGUAGGGGAUUUCAAGGGGAAUAAAUCAUCUUUCCAGGGUGAUUCUGGGGGGCCCCUGGUGUGUGACAGGGUGGUCCAGGGCAUCAUCUCCUGGGGGCCUAAUAAUGCUGCCCCUCCUGAGGUGUACACAAAGGUAUCCCGUUUCAUAGCCUGGAUAAAGAAUGAGCUGGCAAAGCUGAAGAAGCCCUUGGACAUACCGGGGUUCUUUUCUUGACCAUGAGUGUCCUUAUACCCACAACACAGAGCCUGAGGUCGCACUGCCUGCACCUCCACCUUAGAGACUGAACAAAAUAAACUGGAACCAGACUGGGAGUAAAAAACAAAGACAAAGGUUGCAAUGACAGUAGCAGCCUUGAUUUCAUCUAGAGAAAUAACAAAGCAAGUUAGAAGCAAAACAGGACUGUUAUGUUGGAAUUAAACUUUCAAAUUAGAGCAAAAUUAAAAUUUUAGUCAGAGAGCAAGUGAAAACAUCAAUUUUUAGGCAAUGAAUAGCGAACCCCCCUGAACUAAAAGAAAAUGACGUUUCAGCUCAAAAGAGGUAUUGGUAUUUCAAACAUAAUGAAAUGAAGCUUUCAACCAACAACACAAUACAAAUUCCAGUUUGCUUUUGGAUAACCAAUUCACUUUAGUGUUAGAACCCAGCCUUUACCAUUUCUUUUUGUUUCAAAAUACCCACACAAAUUCUAGAAAAGAAACAUUUUUUACAAAACCAUAACUGUGGUAGGAAUGUUUUUCCUCAGUCAAAAAGCUACAGCCAGGUUUGCUCUUCAGAGCUAGAUAUCACCAGUACAGGGGUAACUGGGACCUGUGACCUUAUGAAGCUCAAGCUUACUUGUAUGACAAAAAGUUAACCUAUGAUACACUUGUACCCGUUGCACUGAGUUCUCUUUUACCUCCCCUUACUUAUCCCAUCUGCUUGUUAAGUUCACUUGCUAUUUUGCAUUCCUGCAAUGAAUAAACAUUAUAUUAAAACUAA